GUCAUUUCCGCCCUUGCGUGCUGACGCAAUUUUUGCCUUGUUGGAAGGUGGUUUCAGGAGGAAACGCUGUGACGGUAGACUGUAGCAGCAGUGAAGAAUCGCUGAGUAUAGAAACAAGACCCUCCGGACGCACUCACUCGAAUGGUAUUUUGUCUGCUGCCAUCGAACGAUGUCAGUCGCUGAGGACCUUCCAGACAUGGAUGGAGCAGACCUAUUGGGGUUGCUGUUCCACGAUGGAGAGGAUGGAUCUACUGAGCCCCUCUUUCCUGAUGGGAAUGGGCUCAUCGAAUCCUGGCUGUCUGAACAAGAUAUGCUGACAGGUAUGGACACUGAAGACUUUCUGUCCAGCUUGUUAGAGGGAGAGGACAACAUGGAGGCUUUCUGUCCCUCUCACUCUCCCUUGGGCAGUGACAGCGGAAUUUCUGAUGACAGCAGCACUGGGACUGGAAACAACAAUCUUCUGGGAUGCCCGAGUCCCCACGGCAGUGAUAGUGAUGUUGUGCCCAGCCCCGGUUAUUCCCAGCCCAGUCCAGUGCACUCAGAUCCUGCUGUGGCCCCCGGAGAGCAGCACACAGAGAGCUUGGAGGCCUUAACAGUCCAGGCAGAUCACAGCUACUCUCUGCUGCAGAGUGGAGGGAGGGACAUGGAUAUCCUGCAGAGUGUGAGGGCAGAGAGGCCAGAUACUGAUGUUUUCAUUGAUCUGGAUGACCUGGUGAGUGAGGAUAUGGAGGAGGACAUCACCAGUGAGCUGCCCUGCACUUUGGCCAUAGAGGACUUAACACAGGAUUCAGCUGAGCCCACUAACACAGAUGAGUUUCAGUUUAAAGAGAUUGUGCUCACUGAGGAGGAGAAGCGGCUUUUGGCGAAAGAGGGAGUAACCAUUCCCACACACAUGCCUCUCACAAAGGCAGAGGAAAGGACCUUGAAGAGGGUCAGGAGGAAGAUCCGCAACAAGCAGUCAGCUCAGGAAAGCCGCAAGAAGAAGAAGGUGUAUGUUGACGGGUUGGAAAACAGGGUUGCGAUCUGCACUGCACACAACCUGGAAUUACAGAAGAAAGUCCAAAUGCUCCAGAAACAGAACAUGUCCUUGAUAGAGCAACUGAGGAAACUCCAGGCUAUUGUGAAGAUGUCAACUAUGAAGGCCAGCACAACCAGCACUUGUGUCAUGGUGUUCCUGCUCUCUUUCUGUCUCAUCAUUUUCCCAUCAGUCAAUCCAUUUGGUGGAAACAAAGCAGAACAGAAGGAACUCUACACACCCUCCUCCAUCAUCUCUCGGACCUUGCGCUCAGUGCCACCAGAAAGCACAGAUGCCAUAUCCUACCCUGAUCCUGGAGAGGAGGAGAUUCGCUAUGUGGUCCAAGCAGAGAUGGAGAACAUGAAAGCUGGCUUCUCCGGAGGUCAGCAGAAGAACCACACCCCCGACUACCAGAGGGUGGAGCAACCUGAUUCGGAAACGGGCAUCAACAGCAACUCGUCAGCAGACUUCCCCGGUCCUGGUCAGGCCGCAGAGAUGAAGGCGGGGCCGGCCGGUGGAGUAGGAGCCUUGCAGGAAGGAUCCAUCGAUGCUGUGGUGGCGUCUGCUGUGGCAUAUGAGGUCACAGGGUCUAAGGAUAACUGGAUAGACCGGAAUCCCCCAUCUGUCAUAUUACAGCAGCACCGCUCAGAUGAGAUGUAGUAGGGAGAUGGUUAUUAAUUUAACCAGCAGAGGGAGUCAUAUUCCCAAUAUUUUGGGUACCAGAGGGACCCUUUUCAAAGGAAGAAGGGAAAACACAGCUAAUUAUCAACAUAUAGGAUCAGUCUUUACGUCCCAACUUUUCCCCUCUAACAGCCUUCUGAUGUACUACUGUUACUUUAUUUGCACUUUGCUCUGAUUUCUUUGUAGCAGUGGGGAAAAAGACCCAGAGAGAGAUUUCCAUAUUUCAGCAGUAAAAACUACCUUAAAAAUAAGACAUUACAGCGAUGAUAUGCAUGCAUGCAUUGCUGGAGGGCACAUGCUACUUAGGUAGUAUGUGUUAUUAUACAAGUUGAUAGUGAUGACCAAAAUUUGUGAACUUGUUGGCACCAUCACAGGAAAUCAUAUCAUGAACCUGCAGUAGAUUACCGUACUUCAAGAGGGCGUAAACUUGAUGGUAUUAAUAUUUAUCACCACAGUCUAGGGUCAGCUUUGUUUGACUCUAGUCUGUUGGAUCACCUCCAGCAGAUCUUACCAUACGCUGCUUAUGGAUGACUCUCCCAUAGUAAAUAAUUGUGAAGAUAAGUAUUCCAACAGUUUGCACUGCAAACUAGUCAGCGACAUCCAUUGCUUAGUAGAGGACAGGCUGCUUAAUUCUCAUGAAGCUUGAUCAAAGUGGUUGUUUGACCACCAUAAUGCUUAAGCCAUUGCAGGACAUUUGGCCAUUUAGAAGACUUGUAAAGUUUCUUAGUAUUUCCCUUGUAACAAGGGUAUCCAUGCUCCGUUUUAAUUUUGGAAUGCUUCGUUUUUAUGUUGUACAGUAAACCAAGAAAAAAUGUCUACGAAAUGUAAGACAAAAACCUUGACUUAGCUGACCCCAGUCUACCAGUGAAUUCUCCUCUUUUACAAUUUCACAGGACAGCUCUUACCUUUAUAAACAUACCUGGAAUACCUUCGCACCUGUGUGCACAGAAUAAGGGGUUUGAUAUAUUUGCUCAGUAAACCGUGUUGCAGUAAAAUAUACUCAAAAAUGUGAUGACCUGUUUCGUCAGUGAGGCAUUUUUGUUAUUUUUUUGUGUAUUUCUUAUGUUACUGUCAGUAAUAAAUGAAAUCUAAAUGGUAUUGGAACUGCUUUUUGUUAUAAUCAAGAGUUUAAAUCUUGCUCAAGUUGAACAAAUGCACUGACAUUUGACAUAGUCCAAGAGUGGAAUGUAAAUAUGCUUAAAUGAUUGUAGCUUUUCUGUACAUUUGAAUUCUUUAUGUAUAAAACAUGUCUGGACGUCUAUGAUAAUAAACUUUUUAUAUAUCAGAAUGA